AUGUCGAGCACAGCUCCAUCAAAGAAGCCUUACCGCAAGGCGCCUCCACAGCACCGCGAGAUCCGCCAUGAGGUACCCAUCAUUCGUGACGACCAGGAUGGAGAACCCCUGACGGAUGCAGAAAGGAUGAAGCUACUGCAGCAUGAGAAUGAGGAGCUGCGCCGACGGCUGACAUAUGUGACUAACAAAAUGGAGGCAAUGGAGAGGGAGCUGGAGUCAGGCCAGGACUACUUGGAGAUGGAGCUGGGCCAGAACCGUGAGGAGCUGGAGAAAUUCAAGGACAAAUUCCGUAGGUUGCAGAACAGCUACACUGCUUCUCAGAGAACCAACCAAGACCUGGAGGAGAAGCUGCAUACCCUGGCCUCUCUCAGCCAAAGCUGGAUUUUUGCAAUUAAAAAGGCAGAGAUGGACCGCAAGACGCUGGACUGGGAAAUUGUAGAGCUCACUAAUAAAUUGCUUGAUGCCAAAACCACCAUCAAUAAGCUGGAGGAACUCAAUGAACGCUAUCGACAGGACUGUAACCUCGCUGUACAGCUGCUCAAGUGUAACAAGUCCCACUUCAGGAACCACAAGUUUGCUGAUCUUCCCUAUGAGCUGCAGGACAUGGUAAAUAAGCAUUUGCACAGCACUCAGGAGUCUGCAGGCCCUGGUCAAGAAGCAGCCCACACCUUGGCUCCAUCUGAUGUUGUGCCCACCUCAGUCAUUGCCAGAGUCUUGGAGAAACCAGAAUCUCUGGUUCUGAAUUCAGCCAAGUCUAGCAGUGGCAACUGUCCCAUGGCUGAGGAUGUGUUUGUGCAUGUGGACAUGAGUGGAGCCCCUCCUGAUGCCUGCAACAGUGGAGGGCAGAUGGGGAAGGAGGUAGGAGAUGCAGGGAAACAGCAGAAUGGUGGCUGCAAGCCACAGAGCAGUGAGGAAAGCGUGCCAGAGGAGGUGCCAGCCUUUGAGAAGCUAAGCCCGUACCCUACACCCUCACCUCCCCAUCCUAUGUACCCUGGGCGCAAAGUGAUUGAGUUCUCUGAGGACAAGGUAAGGAUCCCAAAGAACAGCCCCUUGCCCAACUGUACGUAUGCUACGCGCCAGGCCAUCUCCCUCAGCCUGGUACAGAGUGAAGAUGAGAGCUGUGACAGGCACCGGACGCUUCCCAACAGCCCUGCUUCGGCCCAGAGCAGCCCAUUCAGCAGCCCUCCCCAAAUCCCGAGCGCCUUUGCCAGCUCUGCCAGCUCUGAGGAAGACCUUCUGGCCAACUGGCAGCGUAUGUUUGUGGACAAGGCACCUCCGACCUCGGAGCGAGUGCUGAUGAACCGCACGGCUUUCAGCCGUGACACAGCCCCCGAGCUCCAGAAGAGGUUCAGCCGCUCCAUGCAGGAGCUGGGUAGGGCAGCCUUGGCUUACUCGGAUGGUGAGGAGUCUGCACAGAGCUGCAGCACCGCUGAGCCUGAAAGCCCCUCACCAGAGAAGCAUAAGGACUAUGUGGACCUCGGCUUGCCUGAGAGCCCAGCUGAGGAGAGAGAAAUGUUGCUCCAGGAAAGCAAGGAAAGCAACCAAGGAGGUGCCCAAGAGGAAAGUGGAGAAGGCAGGGUCAAGCCUCCCUUCAGUCGGCCGCACCGCAGCCCCAAGAGGAUGGGUGUCCACCACCUACAUCGCAAAGACAGUCUGACACAAGCCCAGGAGCAGGGCAACCUUCUCAGCUGA